CAACUUGUCAUGUUUUGUUGUCUAUGGACAUGCUGAGAAAAGAGAGAUUGAGAUUUGUUUUUUGGGAAUGCCGCAAAUAAAACAUUGAAAAACCAGCGAAAAAAUCGAAAAAAUAAUAAUUAUCUCAUCGUUCGAGGGUAACAUUUCGGAAAAAGCAAAAAUGUCGAAAGCAACUAGCUCAAGUUCCGUUGAACCUCCAUCAUCCCAAUAUGAAAGUCAAUCCCAGAUAGCCCAAAAAAAUUGGGAAUUGAAUAAUGCCGUGGAAGUGGUGAGCUCUGUGGAUGAAAUUUAUCGUUAUGACAAGAAACAGCAACAAGACAUUUUAGCAGCAAAACCUUGGGAAAAAGACCCACAUUUUUUUAAAGACAUAAGAAUUUCUGCCUUGGCCCUUCUAAAAAUGGUGAUGCAUGCUAGAUCUGGAGGUACUCUGGAAGUGAUGGGUCUGAUUUUGGGGAAAGUUGAUGGAAAUACUAUGUUUGUCAUGGAUUCAUUUGCUUUACCAGUAGAAGGCACUGAAACACGAGUGAAUGCUCAAGCGCAAGCCUAUGAGUAUAUGAGUUCCUACAUAGAGGCCGCCAAACUUGUAGGAAGACAAGAAAAUGCAAUUGGAUGGUAUCACAGCCAUCCUGGAUAUGGUUGUUGGUUAUCUGGAAUAGACGUAAGCACACAAAUGCUGAAUCAAAAUUUUCAAGAGCCUUUUGUGGCCAUAGUUAUCGAUCCAGUUCGUACAAUUUCAGCAGGAAAAGUUUGUCUAGGAGCCUUCAGGACAUACCCCAAGGGGUACAAACCUGCGAAUGAGGAACCUUCCGAGUACCAGACUAUUCCACUGAAUAAGAUAGAAGACUUUGGCGUACACUGCAAACAGUACUAUUCACUCGAAGUGUCGUAUUUCAAAUCAGCUCUGGACAGGAGACUUUUGGAUUCUCUCUGGAACAAAUACUGGGUCAACACUCUGAGUUCUUCUAGUUUACUGACCAAUGCUGACUACACCACUGGACAGAUAUUCGACUUGUCAGAGAAAUUGGAGCAGUCUGAAGCUGCUAUUAUAGGGCGUGGGGGAUUCAUGGUGGGAUUACCUGAUCCCCAUGAUAAAAGGACGGAGGAUAAGCUUCUCAAAGCCACUAAAGACAGUUGCAAGACUACAAUCGAAAUUAUUCACGGCCUUAUGGCUCAGAUGAUCAAAGAUAGGUUGUUUAACAGUGUCAGCCCGAUUACAGGGAAUGGAAUGAAGUAGUUGAACUUAUAUUUAACCUGGUCCUAUCUAUUUCGUAUGUUUUCAAACUUUGUGAUAACAAGUAAUUUCAAUAAAAGAAGGUUCUUAGAUUAAUUACAGUUAUAUAUAGAACUACUAAUAAACCUGACUUUUGUAUUAUGUAUUUUGCAGAAUUGUAUAAAUUCUAGAUUUUAUCACCAAAAGUGUUGAAACCUGAUAUUAAUCUGUUUACAUUACAGAAGUCCUAGUAAAUACUAUUAUUUUGA